AUGGACAAUGAUGACGAAAAGGGAUAUGAUCCUCGGGAUUUUGUUUAUUCUCAAUCGAGUGAUUCCGGUUCGGAUGAUGAAAUAUUCAACUUUAACACUAAGCAAUUUAAAAAUUCAAUAUAUGAUGAAUACAAAGCAUCUG